AUGGAUCCCUACACGCCACGUUCCCGCCCUGGCUCGCGAAAGAAGAAUCUCACACUGUCUCAGAAAGAGUAUACCAAGGUCACAGGAACAAUUGCAUCUGUGCGGCGAACGCGCCAAUACCUCCAGGAUGGUCUUCCAGAAGAGCUUGCCGCGCAGGUCACUAUUUCGCAUGAGCGCGUACGAGCGAGAGAGCAAGAGAGUCUCGGUCCUGCGCGCGACGAACCGUCGUUUAUUGCAGAAACCUCCUUCGUGCGUGCACCGCUCAAUUCGCGCGUUGCGUCAGGAGCAGGGAUUCCGAAAGAUAAGGGCAAGGGAAAAGGUAAAGCCAGAGAAGACGGUCUCUCUGGCUUGCCUGUUGAGAUCCAGGAGGCGCUGGUCUUGGAGGAUCUGUUAUAUGUUUUGAUGGGAAUUGAAGGUACACAUAUCACAUAUCACCCAGAUCAUUCGCCAGAAGACGACGAUCCUCUCCAGGGAGUGCGAUUUACAGUAUCCUCCUCACUUGAUCCGUCGUUGCGAGACCUAGUCGAGCGAAUUCUCCCACUGGCUACGUACUACACUGCCAUCACCUCUUUUAUCGAGCUACGUAGUCACCUAGACUUUGGACUGGUCAACCACGCUCUCUGUGCAGCCUUGCGGGAUAUGCUGAAAGACUAUCAGACACUUCUCUCACAGCUCGAACAUGCUUUCAGCACCUCACCACAAUUCACACUGCAGAAGCUAUGGUACUACGUGCAUCCGACUCUGCACACACUCUCGCUACUAUACCUUCUCACGACAGAACUCGCAACAGCUGAUGACCCGUCUGCAUCACUCUCGGACGACUCUUCUAGUUCCUCCGACGCGGAAGAGGCUGCACGGAACGAAGCACUAGGACUCGGCGGUGCCCAGCUCAAGGCGGUCCUUUCCGAAAUUAACAAGGUUGCCAUCGGUGGCAGCGGCAUCGCGGUGAAAGGUGGAGAAGUCCUCGCUGUACUACACGAGCGAAUGCAGAACAUGUCUGGUGACCCCGCGGCACAUGCGUUGUAUGGUACACUCCUUCGCGCAGCCGGGCGGCCGUACGUCGAGAUGGUGCAGACGUGGAUCCGCAUGGGUCGGCUCAUUGAUCCUUACGAGGAGCUGUGCGUGAAGGAGAGCAAGUUCAUUGAUCGCGGGACUCUUGAGAUGGACUACACUGAUGAGUACUGGGAGCGGCGAUACACCCUUAGAGAUGGCUCGACUCUGGGAGGAUCGUCAAAACAGCAUCAGGCAGGAGUGCCCCCUCCACGCACGGUUGGAGGGCGAUUGCCUGGAGGCGCAUGUGUCCCGCCGGUGCUUGAGCGGUGGAAGCACAAGAUAUUGCUCGCGGGGAAAUACCUGAACGUCAUUCGCGAAUGCGGGAUUGAAAUUGCACGAGACCCGAGCCACGCGGACAACGAAGAGCUGUUUAUGGAUGAUGAAAAGUUCUACAAAUCCAUCGACGAUGCUUAUACAUAUGCAAAUCGCACAUUGCUUUCGUUGUUGCUACGUGACCAGCAACUCAUCUCGCGGCUGCGUUCGCUCAAGCGGUACUUCUUCCUUUCUCAAUCGUCCUUUCUUACUCACCUGCUCGACCUUGCACACACCGAGUUACGCAAAUCUGCACGCAACGCUUCCACGGGGAAGCUGCAGAGCUUGCUCGAGCUUGUCCUCGGCUCGGACGUGCAGGGCGAAGAUGCGAUGUUCCGCGAGGACGUCCGCGUUUCACUCUCGUCCAGCGGUCUGUACGAGUGGUUACUCAAGGUCCUGAAAGUCAACGGCGUCAUCGGAGGCGAAGAUGGUGAUGGCGUAGACGGGCAUGCGCACGAAGACGCGAAGAAGGAGCGUGAGAAGGCGAAGGAUGAUAAGAAGCAAAUGCUCGCCAUUGAUGCACUGACACUCGACUACACUGUCAAAUUUCCACUGUCUUUGGUUAUAUCGCGAAAGACAAUCCUCCGAUAUCAGCUCAUAUUCCGCUUCCUCCUGCACCUCAAGCACGUCGAGCAGUCCCUCUCUUCCAUGUGGAUUGAGCACAAAACUGCUCCUUGGCGCCGCUCGACUCGUCCCGCGGGCUCAGUAACAGACAACGACUGGCACGCAGACUUCGAGAAUUGGCGGAGGCGUGUGUUUCUGCUGCGCGCGCGCAUGCUGGCGUUCGUACAGCAGAUCCUCGCUUUUGCCACGUUUGAAGUGCUUGAGCCAAACUGGCGUAAGCUCGAGGACAAACUUGAGGCUGGCAAAGUUGAGACUGUCGACCAACUCUUGCGAGACCAUGUGGACUUCUUAGACACUUGCCUGAAGGAGUGUAUGCUAACAAGUUCGAAACUGCUUACGGCUUUCUCUCGACUUAUCGUCACUUGCGCAACUUUUGCACUGUACACUUCAUCCUUCACAAGAGAUGCGAACCGAGCUCUCGCUGCUGCUGAGACACCUGAAGGAGACCAGGGUAGAGUGAAAAGGUGGGAUGUCCUUGGAAAGUUUGAAACGAACUUCAAUCACUGGUUCAAGGUCCACCUCGACUGUGUCCAGUUCUACGCGUCAAGCGAGAACGUUUCUCUCCUCCCGCUCGUGGUCAGACUUAACAGCAUCAAGGGGGUAUCAUAG